GUAAGUGGGAAGAUUAGCUGGUUUCAGUGGACCUUGACCCUACCCUGAGGACUGUGUUGUUGAUUCAACUAUGGAGGCAGCUGCAGAUCUCCAGGACACAGCUUCGUUAACUCUGAAGUUUGAGUUUAACCCAAAGCUGGGCAUUGAUAAUCCUGUCCUGUCUCUGGCUGAAGAUCACGACUCUUCUGAUCUCUGGAGCCUGGAGCGACCUCGCUUCUGUCUGCUGAGUAAAGAAGAGGGCAGGAGUUUUGGCUUCCAUUUACAGCAGGAGCUGGGCAAGGCCAGUCAUGUGGUGUGCAGGGUGGAGCCAGGCUCCUCUGCCCAGCAGCAGGGUCUCCGGGAAGGAGACCGGAUCCUGGCAGUGAACAACCAUGUUGUGGAACAUGAAGACUCUGAGGUGGUGGUACUCCGCAUCCGGGCCAGUGGUCCUCGGGUGCUGCUGACAGUGUUGGCGCAACACGUGUACGAUGUGGCCCGAGCUCAGCAAGGGAACGAUGCCCUCCUCUGUCCCACUCUCAGCCUGGGGGUCCGGCCCCGUCUCUGCCACAUAGUCAAAGAUGAGGGUGGUUUUGGCUUUAGUGUCACCCACGAACAUCAGGGUUCUUUUUGGUUGGUGCUGAGUACUGGAGGAGCAGCUGAGCGGGCAGGGGUGCCCCCUGGGGCCCGACUGUUAGAAGUGAAUGGGGUCAGUGUGGAGAAGUUCACUCAUAACCAACUCAGCAGGAAGCUUUGGCAGAGUGGAGAGCAGGUGACCCUGCUGGUGGCAGGACCAGAGGUGGAGGAACAGUGUCGCCAGCUGGGAAUGCCUCUGGCUGCACCCUUGGCAGAGGGCUGGGCACUGCCUGCCAAACCCCGCUGUCUGCACCUACAGAAAGGGCCCCAGGGCUUCGGGUUCGUGCUCAGGGAAGAGAAGGGCCUUGGUGGUCACCUCGGGCAGUUCCUUUGGGAGGUGGACCCAGGACUGCCAGCUGAGAGGGCCGGGAUGCAGGAUGGGGACCGGCUGGUGGCUGUGGCUGGGGAGAGCGUGGAGGGGCUGGGCCAUGAGGAGACAGUGUACAGGAUCCGGGCGCAGGGCUCCCGCGUCUCCCUCACUGUUGUUGACCCUGAGGCUGACCGCUUCUUCAGCAUGGUUCGCUUGUCUCCACUUCUCUUCCUGGAGAGCACAGAGGCUCCUGCCUUUCCCCAGGACACCUGCUCGGCCUUUCUGGUUGAGACCAAGAAUCUACCAGCUGAAGACACAACUGUGCCUCCUGUCCCAUGUGGGUCCCGCCAGUGCUUCUUGUACCCUGGGCCUGGUGGUGGCUAUGGCUUCCGACUCAGCUAUGUGGCCAGCAGGCCUUGUCUCUUUAUCUCCCAGGUGAUUGAAGGAGGCUCAGCUGCCCAGGCAGGACUACAAAGGGGAGAUGUGAUUCUGGAGGUGAACGGGAAUUCUGUGGAUGGAAAGAAUGACUUGGAAAUGCUUCAGCAGCUGACUGAGGCUGAGCCACCUCUGUGCCUGAAACUGAUGACCAGGUUUCCACAGGGCUUGGAAGCAUGGAUUCCCUCAGGGUCUGUAGAGCUGGAGAUGGCAGGAGCUGAACUGCUCUCUUUACGCCAGAAACUGGACCUCUAGGACCCUGAACAACCACAGGCUUGCCCAGAGUCCCCCUUCCUCCCAUGGGACCCACCUCCCAGAAAAGGGUGCUGUCAGAGGCCUCAGGUGGGCCCACUAGGGAUCCUCCCCUCUGACUCCAGAGGAAGUCACGUGGGAGCUUUGGAAGCUGUGCCCCAAGGAUGAAGUAUACCGGAGAUGAGUGGUGUGAUUUUGUGAUUUAUAAUAAGAAAUAUAUAUUUGGUCUUCAUACUCAUUCCUGGCACAGAGCUCUUACAACCCUUGGAAUUUCCUAAGUAAUAAGCGCAAUAAAAAGGGGGUGGGAUGGGGAGCUGGUUGCCAGGGGACCCAACCUGUGAUUACAGGGUUGAAACUUUCAGCCCUGUCCCUACUCCCACUCUACCCUGGCUUCUUGGGAGGGGAGAGUGGCUGGAGCUUAAAUUAAUCACCAAUGAUUUAAUCAAUUAUGCUUAUGUAAUGGAGCCUAUAAAAAACCCAAAAAAGCCAAGGCUCAGAGAGCCUCCAGGUUGCUGAACGUGUGGAGAGGGCAGGAGCUUCCAUGACCAUACCCUGCUCUAGAUAUCUCUUACCUCUUACUGUUCUUGAGUUGUAUCCUUUAUAA